UGCCACGGCGGUACAGCAGUCAGAGUCGCUUGCUCUCCUCGGCACUCUCCACCUCUUACUCCCUCUGCUUUCAGUGCUUAUCCAUACAGGAGGGCGAGACGUGCUUCGCAUGGAGAAUGACGACACGUUUGCACCACGACCGGGGACCAAGAGCACGUGGACGCAUGUGAAAGUCUGCGGCACGAAGGCGAGUGUAGAAUGGCACACGGCCGACUCUUCGGGCAACGAGACCGGGAAUGCUGCUGCCGCUGAUGCUGCCGGGGCGAUUAAUGAUCCGUACGGGGAGGAAUCCGGAUCGUCUAUCCACGGCUGCCUGGGCGGAAUCGACGCGUCGAACAGCAGCAUGAACGAGCGGAACCUCUUCCGGAUGACCGACUCCCUCGCAGACAGGACCUUCUCUUUCGCGCCGGCGGAGACCCCUCCCGUCUCGCCCUCCCCCGCGGGCAGGGGCGGCGGCGGCGGCGGCGGCGGGUCCGGCCGCGGCUUCGGGAAAAAGGUUAGGUCGGUGUCGGACUCGUUCGGGCCGCAGCUUUCAGCGGGGAAGGGGUCAGGAGAAGGAAGUUUUGGAGGCGGCGGCGGCGGCGACGGUGAUGCGGCGGCGGCAGCACAGAUGCCGCUGCUCGGGCCCAAGAAGGCCAUCAGCCAGAGACAGUUCUUCCGGCCCGUUUCGAUGUCGUCGUCGGUAUUCAAAGAGAGCCCCAUUCCAGAUAUUCUCCGACGGCGGCUGGCGGGGCAGGUGCGGCACGGGCUCUCGCAGGCCGAGUUCGCGGUGAGGCGGGACGGGAAGCUGUUGCUGGCGACGGUGGGGCUGCCCGCCCGAGGGAAGACAUACAUCGCACAGAGCAUCAAGCGGCACAUGGACUGGUUUGGCCUCCGCACGGAGAUUUUCAACGCCGGAAACUACAGGAGGAAAUUUCCAGAGGGCAGGAACGCUUCGGCCGACCUUUUCGACCCUUUGAACGCCGAGGGUGCCAAGCUUCGGCAGCACUGCGCAGAGCUGGCGCUAAACGACGCGUUGGAUAGCCUUGCUUCGGAGGAGCAGGGCGUGUACAUCGCGGUCUUAGACGCGACCAACACCACCAAAGAGCGACGAGCGUGGAUCAGGGACAAGGUAGAGGCGCACGAAGGCCACGUCAAGCUGGUGUGCGUGGAGACUGUGCUGACGGACGAGAAAAAGGUGUGGGACAAUGUCAAGGAGGCCAAGCUUAAGAGCCCGGAUUACAAAGGGAUGACACCAGAGGAGACCAUGGAGGACUUCUUCAAGCGGAUAGCCGCCUACAAGAGCGUGUACGAGCCUUGUCACCAGGACGAGGGUAUCCCUUUCAUCCGCCUCACCAACGCCGGCGAGCAGGUGCUGGGCUUCAAGACGCAGGGGUUCCUGUGCGCCCGCAUCAUGCAGCUGAUAGAUAGUCUCCGCCUCAGCUUGAGACCCAUCCUCCUGACUCGUUGCGGGGAGUGCGAGUUCGAGGCUCAGGGGCGGAUCGGAGGCGACAGCCGGCUCACCCCUGUGGGGCACUUGUAUGCCGAGGCUUUGGCUCGAGGAUUGCUCCAGGGCCGCAAGCGGUACGGCAUCCUUCCCGUAGUCUGGACUUCCACCCGGUUACGAGCGAGACAAACAGUGAUCGGCCUGCAGUCUGCCGUCAACGACGCCAACGAGGAGGCAAUCGCAGAGGGAGGGGACAGUGAGGACGAAAGCCAGGGUGACGGCGGCGGCGGCGGCGGCGGGGACGGUCGUCGUGGCAAGGGGUCAGGCUCCCUGCUGCGCGACUUGGACGUGCUGGAGGUGUCCGCUCUAGACGAGGGGCUUUGGAGGGAAUGUAUGCCGAAGAUUUCGCGAAGGCGACACUUCCCCGAGCAACACAAGAAGAGAGUGGCCGACAAGCUUAACGUUAAGUUCCCUGACGGAGAGAACUACAGGGACGUGUUCGCGCGACUGGAGUCUCUCUUGCUCGAGAUGGUUGCGGAGCCUCAGCCCGUUGUCGUGGUCGCGCACCUCGCUGUGCUUCGGGUGAUCUACGGGUACUUGAAGGGGGUCGAGCCUGCCCAGUGCCCACACCUCAAGAUCCCCAUGCACUGCGUGGUACAGCUGAAUCCCAAGGGGUACGGGUACGAAGAGUGGAGACACUACCCCCUCAUGGACAACGAGAUCGACGAAGAGCAGCCCACGCGGAGGGUAUCAUCCUGAGACACGCCACUGGGGAAGAACAAUGAACAAUGAAGAUGGUCUCCCUCAGCAGAAGAUGGCCGAUCUGCUUGUUUUUAUUGGUUGGUUGGUCGGACAAUCAUGGUUCCGACGGGGCUGAUCGUGAUUUGUUCGGCGUAAGCUGCGGUUCUGUUGCUUGUCGUUUUGGGCACUCGUAAUGGGGGCACACACGGGUGCGAUAGCAGCGCAGUCGCGCCAUCUGUCGGUCUUGGUAGUGCAGUAGGUAGCGAGUAUUGAUAGUCCGGUUGGAUGGAGAGAGGAGGAUCGAGAAGGCAAGCAUCUUAUGGUCGAGGAAUGUUUCGCUACAAGCUAUCUCAUGUGUUCUUAAUGGUCUUCGUCACUUACAAAUGUUGAUGUUUUUUUUCAACAUGUCACGGUUGCUCGUGUCUAUGGGAGAAGCAGAGGGAAGCACAUCCUACGAAGGUGCGGUGUUCCUCAGCGCUCAGGUUUCUCCCUGCCUGUCUCUGUUUUUCUUUCGUUAGCUGUGUUUGAAGGUACAACAAGUGCGCUUUUUUCUUUUGAUAAGAGGAGAGGUGCCGCAUGUAUAUCCUUACGGGGGGGCUGGCUGACUUCUGCUGCCUGUCUUAUCUGCUGCCUGUCUUAAAAGAACGUGCUGCUUUGUCACCAACUUCUUUUUUUGCUGUACCGUACCCCUCGACGGCUUUUUCUCGUAGAAUGUCCAGAGUGAAAGGAAGCACUCAACGUCACGUUUUCGCGAUUUCCUAGCCAUGGUUCUCUCGGAGAUUCCACCGGCGGUGGGCGUGGUAAAGUGAGGGUAGAUGGAAGUGCGGGUGAACCGGGGUGGUACUACCGGACUCACCGGGUCUCCAGCCUACUGUCGAACACCGUGUUACGCCAGCCCGUGUUGAUUGGACGGCAGGCGCGGAUGGCGAGCUGAACGAAAAACGGUUCCUCUGUCCACGAAGACACUAGAGUGAGGAGUGCUGUCUCGAGUUUGUUGCUGUGGAUCAGGUUGCUGUCUGUUCGGAUGGAACGCGAAUGAAUCAUGUCUUCUCAUGGUUCUCAUGGUCGGUUUUGAAGCUCUCCCAGUACGAACAACCUUCAAGAAGCGGCAGGUUUCUCGUUCCGUGACACGCCUAAGUAUCCGGAAGCGCAGCGUCCAGACAGCUGGGUGGACAUAAGGUGGCAAAUUGAGACCAACACCGGGCUAAAACCAACAAGCAACCUCAUCCGACAAGAAAAUUCGGAGAGAUUUUUCAGAUUCCGCUUUACUUCCUCCUUUUUUAUUUCUCGAAGUGGAGUAUGUAUUGUUUUUUGGGUACGUAUAUAGUUGGCCUGUGAAAGCGUCCGUCCGAGCCAGAUGGACUGGUACGGAUGUUAGAGGUACUGAGCAGGGACCGGGACUUUUCCACUUAAGUUAUGUUAAGACAAGGUUGGGUGACCUACGGUACACAAGGAUUUGACUCUUUGACGGGAUUAAUCCCGAGGUAAGACGCUUAUUGGCCAAGAUAACCGAUACCGUUCCAUCGUGACUCAUGCGGAGAGUAUCGAGACCGCUUGUCGUUUUUGUUUUGGUCUAACCAAUUUCUGUCACCCCGAUUGCCGUUUCUUGUCACAAUAAAUGGUUGGGUCCAACGAUACCUACCUUGCGAUCUGCAGCGAGAAACUAAAACCACGGCAGCCACUCUCAUUUUCUUCUGUCUGUCGUUUAGCCCUGAAGAAGUAACCACGCAGUCCUUCGGUUUCAUCGUUUGUGUGUUGCAUGGUGCAACUGUCCAAAAUAUUUUUUCUUGGAACGCAUCGUGCGGCUGUGCCUGGCCGACAUAUCGUUCCGUGUUGUGCCGGGGUGGUGAAAUAUAGUGUACAGGCGUAUGUAUGCAUGCGCAUGUAUGUGUCUGAAAAUGCGAGAGGCUACAUUAUGUAGAAGAGGGGUGGAUGUGAGUGUGUGCGUGGCUGGUGGAGGGAGAACGUUGCGGCACGACCAUGGUCAUAGCAUAAACUCUCGAUCAGACCACGACCAACCAUCCAUGAACAGAUAUCCAUAUGUGAUGAGAGAGAGAUCCGUAACUGUUCGUUGUUACACUUGCUUGCGUCGUAGCUGUUGACUUGCGGACCGCUCGUGGCCAGUAUAUUUGAGUGUACCUUUUUA